UUAGUCGGUUCGAGUGUUUGACCCGCAGUAGCAGCUAGUCAUUUUCCUUCCUUAUUUUUCUUUCGCUAUUCCGUUUUUGUUCCUUUUAUUCGAAGAAUCCGCUGAACUUCACCCCCCCAGUCUUCUAUCGUUUCCAUAAAUCUAGACUGAUUAGCGGCAGACACAUACGAAGAUAAUUAUUUUUUUUAUUGUGGUGUUUUUGUGAGAUCGGAUGGACGAAAGGAAGCAAUCGCGUUACGUGAAGCUCUCUAAAGAUCAGGCGCCUCUUCAGGAUAUCCAGCCCGGCGAACUUAAUCAGCCAAUUGAGGUUCCUCAGUUGGCUGUUCGCAAAUGCAGUGAAUGUGGACAGGAGCUACCUGAAAGCUACUCACCUCCUGCAGAUGAACCUUGGACAACUGGGAUCUUUGGAUGUGCUGAAGAUAGGGGAAGUUGCUUAACAGGACUGUUUUGUCCUUGUGUAUUAUUUGGGCGAAAUGUAGAAAGCUUGAGGGAAGACACUCCUUGGAACAAGCCAUGCAUUUGUCAUGCUAUAUUUGUUGAAGGUGGCAUGGCUCUAGCAGCAGCGACUGCAAUUUUUCAUGGUAUUGAACCUGGGACAGCAUUUCUGAUUGGUGAGGGUUUACUUUUUACUUGGUGGAUGUGUGGAAUUUACACCGGUCUAGUUCGGCAAUCCCUACAGAAGAAGUAUCACCUAAAGAACUCGCCAUGCGACCCAUGUUGUGUACACUGCUGCUUGCAUUGGUGUGCCUUGUGUCAGGAGCACAGGGAGAUGAGGGGACGGCUUGCCGACAGUGUUGCCAUGCCGAUGACGGUCGUGAAUCCGCCUCCGGUUCAACAGAUGAGCUCCACAGAUGAUGGCAAGGAAAAUUCAGAAUCAACUUCUGCUAACAAAAACAAUGAGCAUACUCAUUUGGAAAUGCAGCCUCUUUAGUUUAGGACAUACCAUUGUUUAUACUCUAAAGAAUAGCAUGCUUGUUUGAAAUUUUACACUGUAGAGAGAAACCCCCUCGCCCAGUUUUACUUGUUGCUCUGGACGUGUUGAUUACUUGCACAAAAAUCUUCUUCUGACAGGUAAUGUUUCCUUCUUAUCUGCCCGAUUGAGCUGUUGAUCCAGACUUUUCUAUAUUUAUUUAUUGGUGAAUUUUUUUGAGUGCCAUCAAGGCAUUGAUGUAUUUUUUAGUCUGCACCAUUAGGUUGAAAUGGUGAGAGUUGAAUGCAAAAUUUAAUUAAAAAAAAGCUUUGUAGGACCUAUUAUGUUUAUUAUUUAUGAAUGAUUAUAUUUCAUUACUAA